GAAGUUUCAUGCCCCAUGUCUUGCAAUGGGAUGGCUUUUUCCCCAGCAAAUUUCAUUCUCCAAGUCCAAUACGAAUAUCAUCAACGCUCCACUGGUUCUAUCAAUCAAAUUCUCCCUUCUUACACAGUUCCCCAGGACUUUCAUGCUGUAGCAUCGUUUCUGGGGAAGAGGUCAAUUCCAUUUCCAGGAAACUAUGUGUGUGAAGUAACAAACAUGGGGGAUGAUCUAUCAGAUGAUGGUUCACAGGCAGGAGAAAAGAAGAGGAGGCUUAACAUGGAACAAGUAAAGACAUUAGAGAAGAACUUUGAGUUGGGCAACAGGCUGGAACCCGAGAGAAAAAUGCAGCUGGCUAGAGCUCUUGGACUGCAACCCAGACAGAUUGCUAUUUGGUUUCAGAACAGGAGAGCUAGGUGGAAAACCAAACAACUGGAGAAAGAUUAUGAUCUCCUUAAGAGACAGUACCAAGUGAUCAAAGCUGAUAAUGAUGCACUUCAAGCUCACAACAAAAAGCUCCACGCAGAGAUAAUGGCACUGAAAAGCAGAGAAGCAAGCGAAUGUAUCAACCUGAACAAAGCAACCCAAGGCUGUAGCAGCAACAGAAGUAAGAACAGCUCGGAUGUGAAGUUGGAUAUAUUAGUAUCGGCAAACGACAGCCCGCUAACAAGUAGCAGAUCAAGAACACUACUGUUCCAUGCCGCAUUGUCGAAUUUAAGACACCAUCACCAUCAUCAGCCACCCCAAAUGGUUAAAGAAGACGUGUUCUGCACCACCGAGGAUUAAACCGGGUUAUGGCCAUGGUUCGAUCAACAACAACAGCAUCAUA